ACCGCCAGUAACAACUGAAGAAGAAGUUCCGCUGGUUUGCGGAGGGUUUUGUGUAUCAUGUCGAGAAGUUGUAUUCUGAAUUGUGAAGGAAAAUUCGUUUCAUUUUCACUACCAAAAGAGCAGGAUGUGAGGAAUCAGUGGAUAGAAUUCGUUUUUUCAGCAAUGCCACAGCAGUAUAAUCCCAACCUUUUCUUGUGUUCCCGUCAUUUCACUGAUGACUGUUUUUCCAACAUCGAUAAUGUGAACGCGGGAUACGAAAAACGUUUGUCAUUGAAAAAUGGGUCAGUACCCACUUUAUUUGGACAAUGUACCUCCGAAACACAACCCGUCCAGGUAGCGAAGCCUUGUUUUAGCAGGCGUUGGACAAUAAGGCAGUCCUAUAAAGCCUGCUCUGUGUUCAACUGUAAAGGUUCACAUGCAUCUGUACACCGAAUCCCAGUCUCAGAGGAAACAAAAGCAAAAUGGCUUGAUUUUAUAUUUAAAGGAAAUCCCCCAGAAAGCGUGGACAAAAAUAUGGUUGUGUGUUCUAAACACUUUUCACGAGACAGUUUUUCAAACCUGGGCCAAUACGAAGCUGGACAUGCAUCAAGGUUGAUUUUAAAGAAUGGAGCCGUGCCAACUAGCUGUCCCACAGAUGCAUCUGCAGAGGUUAAUCUGCAUUCUUCGGAUGAUCCAAACCAAACUAAUGAGAACGACUUGAGGAAAGGUGUGGGAUGCAGUGACGAAGACCUUGAUUUUUGUGACCAAGACAGUGUGGCUUCCAGUGUGGACACAAUAAGAGAGGAGAUGUUUAUUGAUGGUCUUGACCCUGUUCUAGAUUGUAGGCUUUCAACUGAGAUUGAUUCACUACAGGAAGAUUGGGAUUCAGACGUCACCUUACAUCAGGAUAAACGCCCCCGUUUGCAUUCCACAUCUGAUUUCCCUGAAGAAGCGGACGGGGAAAAUGAAAAAGAUAGCAAGUCCUCAAUCGAAAGGUGGCAUAGCGCAGAUGAGGCAGAUGAUGAACCACCUCAUCCGGUCUUCACACCUGUCCAAGCACCUGGACCGAAAUGUAUAUCUAAUUCAUGCAGCAAUCCACUGAAGUUUUUUCAGCUAUUUUUUUCAAAAACCAUCCUACAGGAAAUUGUUAGUAACACAAAUGCCUACGGAAUAAAAUGCCAGAGAACGGAGGAGCAAUGGGAAAACAUUUCUAUUAAAGAGCUUGAGUCAUUCAUAGCACUGGUCAUUUUUAUGGGAUUAUUUAAAUGCUCUUCUCUGCAGGAUUAUUGGCGAGAGUCGGAGUACUUUGGUCUGUGCUUUCCUGGACAAAUUAUGUCCUACCAGAGAUUUCUGUCAAUCUCCAACACGCUGCAUCUAAGUGAAACCAAUAAAGAUGAGGAGAACAAGAAGAUGAAAGGAACGUCAGCCUAUGAACACCUGGGUAAAAUUCAACCGAUGUAUCAAGUUAUCAGAGAGGCGUGCAAGACAUAUUUUCAUCCAUUUCAGAACAUCACAGUUAAUGAAAGAAUAGAGAUAUCACAGCCUAGAACUAGACAAUGCAUGAAAAACAAAACAACAAGUGAUGGGUACAAACUGUUUGCACUGUCAGACUGCAGUACUGGCUAUACCUGGGACUUUUUUGUUUAUGAGGGAAAGUCGUGUGCAUUACAGAGCCAGGACCUGAGCUAUGAGGCUGUGAUGGCAUUGGUGGAUGACAAUAUUCUGGGUACUGGGUAUAAGCUUUUUGUCGACAAAUUUUACUCCAGUGCCACACUGUUCAGGGACCUUCUGCACAAAGAUGUCUGGGCCUGUGGUCCAGUUUGGACAAACAGAAAAGGAUUUCCAAGAACUAAAGUUAACCAUUUGCCAAGAGACGCCCCACGUGGCACCAUGCGUUGGAUUAGAGACAAUGAGCUGCUGUUUGUUCAGUGGAAAGAUUCGCAGGAACUGCAGAUGUGCUCCACCUUCCAUAAAGCUUAUGGAGGAGAAACCGUGCAGAGAAAGGUGAAGAGACAUCAGAGAUCUCGGACCUUUGUGGAUAUACCCAUUCCUGCUUCAGUGCUGGAAUACGACAGGAUCAUGGAGGCAAUGGAUCCAUCUAGCUGUGUCACCAGACAAUUAAGACUUAUACACAAACAAAGAAAAUGGUAUCAGUCUGUUUUUUAUCACUUUUUGGACAUUGCUGUAGAGAAUGCAUUCAUUCUGCAGGAACUGACUGCCAAGGCAAAGAACCAGAGGGCUAUGACCCGUCAGGCAUUCCUGGAGAUGCUCAUUUUAAAGCUUACAGCAGGGGUCCACGUUCCCUCGCCAGCCUCAUCCUCAUCUCCCUCAUCUCCUGCAUCUGCUUCAUUUCACAAGCCAAAGCACAUCACACAGGACAGCACUGCUGCUGGAUGGGAGUGCGAGCUGUGCCACCUGGAAACUACAGUCAUGUGUGUGACUUGUGAUGUGAUGUUGUGCUUUGAGCCACAGCGGGACUGUUUCAAUGAGUGGCAUGAAAAACAAGGUUUAUAAAUGAUGGCUACAAUAAAUUUAAGUGAAUGUAUAGAUGAUAUGCACAGUAACAAAUGGUAUGACAACAGUUCAUCUCAUUUUCCAACUUUACAGUGUUUCUCUAUUUUCCGUAGUACUGUAAAUUUUAGCCUCAAUGCUUUAUCCAAAGAGACCAAGGUUUGGCCAUUUGGAAUUAACCAAAUAUUUGCUUGUGUGUAAAUGAAAGUGUUAAAAUAAUAUAAUUUGGGAAUUAAUCUGGUGGGAAAUGUUUUCGAAUUAGUAGGUCAUUAUUUGAAAUGUAGCAGGCAUCAAAUGUGCAACACAUUUAUCUCUAUAUUCUCGAUCAUUUUUUGAUUUUCAGGUAAUAAUAAAGCAGCACUUUUGAGUGGCAGAUAAAUUAUAAAACUACAACAUUUAGACUGUCACACAUUUCACAGCCGUCUUUAUUGGGUGCCAGUAAUACUUAUAUACUUCAUACUUUGUGUGUUCUUGUUUGUAAAUAUAUUUAACGUUUCUAUGCUUUGGCAGUGUAAAGACUUUUUUGCAAUGCCAAUAAAGCUAUUUAAAUAGGAAUAUUUAGUAGAAGGCAGUGGUGUAUGGACCUUACAGUCUAUGGUCCGGACCCACACCAUAAUUUUAAUAUCACCAGUAGAUGGCAGUGUUACCUCAAACUACUGCGGCCUCGGAUAACUCCGAAGUCCGCAUCAUUUGAUCAUAGAAACCGUAUGUACGCAGGUUAUUUCCCGCUUGGAAUUUAAUUUGCUUGCAUUAAGUUGCUUACCACUUCAUACGUACCAACGAAAAGUAGCCUACAGAUAUAUCGGUCCCUGAUAUAUAACAUAACAUAAGUAAAUUUUACCACUGUAACUGUACAUUAUGUGAUCAGGACACACAAUCUUUAUGUGUCGUAAGAAAUGUUUGCGUGUAUAGCAUUUGCCACUCAUAUUACUUACGGGAGGGCGUUUGU